GUUAUGUUGUUACUCAUGUCUCUCACUUAUGCCGACAAGUUCGGCCAUUUUGAAUGUUCAGUUAAUUUUUGACAGCUGCUUUGCUUGCACGUGUUUUGGUUCGUCUUCGAUUUUUGCCUAUUCCAAGGAAUGGAUCAAAGAAUCUGUAUCAAAUUUUGUGUGAAAAACAAAAUUAAGUGCGCGGACGCAUUCCGAAUGUUGACUGCGGUAUAUGGUGAAGCUACCUUGAACCGAAGCAACGUUUAUUGGUGGUACAAAAUGUUCUCAGAGGGCCGAGAAGAUGUGAACGACGAAGAGCGUACCGGACGCACGAGCACGUCAACAACAGACGAAAACAUUGAUGAAGUGAAGAAAAUAGUAUUGGCCAAUCGUCGAAUCACCGUCAGAGAAGUUGCUGAGAACCUAAACAUAUCGAUUGGCUCGUGCCAUUCGAUUUUUACCAAUGAUUUGGGCAUGAGACGGGUCGCCGCGAAAUUCGUGCUAAAAUUGCUCAAUUUCGACCAAAAACAGCAUCGCAUUAACAUUGCUAAGGAGCACACUAAUAAUGCCGCAGCCACCGUGUUCCCCAGAUCUGGCCCCCUGUGA